CUCUCUCUCUCUCUCUCUCCACCCAAAAAUCGCUGUCUUUCAGUCUCUGCAGCACCAUCACCCUCUUCUCUCUUUCUGAAAGCUCUGUCACCAUGAGAGUGAGAGCCAGACCAUAAUCCCAAAGCCUCUUAAAUUUGCUUCAAAUAAGCAACAAAAACACCCAAACCAAGGACACAAAUCCUAUAUAUCCUUAGCUGCAUGAACAGUACUCGUACCUAGCCUUUUAGCAAUAACAUGCUGCAUUUUUGACAUGAAUCAUGGCCUUCCCACCUUGUCAUAGUUUCAUGUUCCAAACCCAUGAAGAUCCAGACCUCCACAUAUCUGCAGCUUCUUCCUCCCUCAACAAUCUUCCCUCUUGUCCACCACAACACUUUAAUGGUGGCGGUGGUGGAGGAGUGUCUUUCAUGAUGAAAAGAUCGCUAUCCUUCUCCGGGGUUAAUGAUAAGUGCAAUCACCACCACUAUGACCAUCAAGAUCUGCAUGGAGGUGGAGAUCAAGAUGACUUGUCUGAUGAUGGGUCACAGCUGAUUGGAGAAAAGAAGAAAAGGCUGAACCUUGAGCAGGUUAAGACCCUUGAGAAGAGCUUUGAGAUGGGGAACAAACUGGAGCCUGAGAGGAAAUUACAGCUUUCCAAGGCUCUUGGUCUGCAGCCAAGACAAGUUGCCAUAUGGUUUCAGAACAGGAGGGCUAGGUGGAAGACAAAGCAGUUGGAGAAAGACUACGAUGUCCUCAAGAAGAAGUUUGAUUCUCUCAAGGCUGACAACGAUGCCCUUCAAUCUCACAACAAGAAACUUCUGGCUGAGUUGCUGGCUAUAAAAGGCAGUAAAGAUUCAAACUUUGAUGGGGUGCUUAACAAUAAUAUGAAGAAAGAGACUGAUCAGGGUUCAUGGAGUAAUGGCAGUACUGAUGACAACAGUUCGGAUCAUAUCAACUUAGACAUGUCUAGAAGUACCACACCAGCAGCAAACAGCCCUCAAUCGAAUUCCCAGAUCACAAAUGGGUCAAAAAACCUGUUCCCGUCAUCCCUCUGCAGGCCACCGCACGCUAGCAUAACCCAACUCCUGCAAGGCUCAUCAAGGUCAGACCUCCACAGCCUCAAAGUCGACCAGAUGAUUCAAGAUGACCAAACCUUCUGCACCAUAUUCAACAAUGGCUCCAUUGACCAAGACCACCAAGGUAACUACUGGACAUGGCCUGCUGAGCAGCCGCACCAAUUUCAUUGAUCAAACCCCAUCACGUAGUUCCCGGCCACAUAUGGCUCAUUUAGGAUUCAAAUUCCUAUGAGUUUUCAAUUAUCAAUUCAAGUUUUUGGCUGUAGAACAAUGGUGUACAGAGUUAAAUAUUUUUGCUAAUAUCAUCAGUAAUGGGGAAUUGAUUGCCUCCUAAUAAUACACUUCAUAUUACCA